UUUCAACGCCUACUUCAGCAACGAGCACAGUCGCCUGCUCCUCCUCUGGAGGCAGGUAGUGGGGUUCCGGCGGCUGGUCAGCGAGGUGAAGAUGUUCACCGAGAGGGACCUGCUGCAGCUGGGAGGGGAGCUGGCCCGGACAUCACGAGCUGUCCAGGAGGCAGGCCUGGGACUGAGCAUGGGCCUGCGGGUGGCAGAGAGCCGGACCGAGGCAGCCCUGGAGAAGCAGGCCCUGCUACAGGCCCAGCUGGAGGAGCAGCUGCAGGACAAGGUGCUCCGCGAGAAGGACCUGGCCCAGCAGCAGAUGCAAAGCGACCUGGACAAGGCUGACCUCAGUGCCAGAGUGACAGAGCUGGGCCUGGCAGUG